GCCAAAACUCCCAAGAGAAACACGUGUUUAUUUUGCUGCACAUGUUCAUCGAUUAAUCAAUCAAAUCUGAUAUAGAUUGUUUAAAGAUGCAGCAUGAUGAUGUUAUCUGGAGUGUUAUCAAUAAAAGUUUCUGUUCCUUCAAAAUCCUUACAAAGACACAGAAGUUUUGUCGUAAUGAGUUCAAUGUGACAGGUCUGUGUAACAGAUCAUCAUGUCCUCUAGCCAACUCCCAAUAUGCCACUAUCAGAGAAGAAAAAGGUGUUAGUUACCUGUACAUGAAAACUAUAGAAAGAGCAGCAUUUCCAAAUAGAUUAUGGGAGAAAGUGAAGUUGUCCAGAAAUUAUGAGAAAGCUCUGGAACAGAUCAGUGAGAGUUUGAUAUACUGGCCAAGGUGGAUGAUUCACAAGUGCAAACAGCGGUUUACAAAGAUCACACAAUAUUUGAUCCGAAUAAGGAAAUUGACAUUAAAAAGACAGAAAAAGUUGGUGCCACUGCAGACGAAAGUAGAAAGAAGAGAGAGAAGGAGAGAGCAAAAAGCCCUUAUAGCUGCACAAUUAGACAAUGCAAUAGAGAAGGAGCUACUGGAACGAUUAAAGAAGGGGACGUAUGAAGAUAUUUACAACUUCCCUCAGACGGCCUUUGAUAAGGCUAUGAAGGAUGAAGAGGUCGAGAGUGAAACUGAGUCUGAGGGAGAAGGGGAGAGUGAGAGUGAGAAAGAGGUAGAGGAGGAGGAAGAGGAUGAAUCUGAGGCAGAGAUUGAGUAUGUUGCAGAUGAAGAUUUUGAAGAAAGUGAUUUAUCAGAUUUGGAAGAUGCGGGCGGUGAUGAUGAUGAAUCCUCAAGUUCAUCGGAGGAUGAAGCCAAAAAGAAACGAUUGUCGAAACGAAAACGUCCACAUGUGGAAAUAGAAUACGAGAAGGAAACGGAUCACCCCUCGACUUCAAAAAUGAAAGCUGUUAGUUUCUGAAGACUGUGAAUUAUCGUGAUGAAAUGUCCUGUCAAUUAUCCAAUGCUGUAAAUAUAUUCGUAUAC